UUCCUCCAUAAAUACACUGUACUAUAAAUUUGCAGCUAUAAAGAAUUUUGUAAAACGAAAGAAAUUAUUCUCGUACCAUACGUAGACGGUUAUACUAAUCAUCUUUGUAUUUGCGUUCUGAUAACGAUUAGCUAACGGUGCAUUUGUUGAUCCCUGUUUCAAUCCACGGAUUGUGUGGUUGAAAAAACAUUCCUCGUUGAACGUAGAACAGUCUAACUUUAUGUUGGUUUUAAUUUACGAAUUCUUAGUGUAAUUUUAUUUUAAUAUCCGUUGAGUAAUGUAUGUGCCUGUAAAAGAAUAAUUAGUCGAUAUACCCAGAUAUACCUGUAUCACAACAAACGUUUAUUAUACGCGCGCAAUUGUUUUACAUUUGUAUGUAGAAAUUAUCUUAAUGUAUAAUUAGUAAUUAAGAUUAUGGCGUCAGGUUUGGAAAGUUACGUGAAUCAUACCGUUUCGAUUAUCACUUCUGAUGGCAGGAAUUUUAUCGGUACAUUGAAAGGUUUCGACCAAACCAUUAAUAUAAUAUUGGAUGAAUCACAUGAACGAGUAUACAGUACAACACAAGGUGUAGAACAAGUUGUAUUAGGCUUACAUAUCAUCAGAGGUGACAAUGUGGCAAUUGUAGGAGAAUUGGAUGACGAGAUGGAUGCACGUUUGGAUCUAUCGGGUAUAAGAGCCGAUCCUCUAAGUUCUAUUGUACAUUAGUGGAAUAUGAUUAUAAUUAUAAUUAUUAUGACAUAAAAAUAAUAAUGAUAAUUUAAUAAGAAUCUGUAACAGUGAAGUAUAGCUUGAUAAAAGUACAACAUCUUAUAUAUGAUAUAUAUUGUACAAA